AUGCGCGUGGUGGCCAUCACGACUGCCAUGGGCUCUUUAGCGCUAUGUAUGGUCGCAUUGCGCUUAUGGGUCAGGCUUUUCCUUAUUCGUAGCCCUGGUCUUGACGAUGUCGCUAUUGUGGCUGCGCUGAUCUGUGCCAUUGUAUUAUAUGCAUUCAUCAUCCUCGAGCACCAGUCGGGGCUUGGAGUUCCAACACAAGACCUUCCGAACCAUGUAGCCUCACAACAGAUGCACUGGCUAUGGUUCUCUGUACCAUUCUAUAACCUGUCUCUGAUUCUUACCAAACUAUCCGGCGUGUUCUUCUUCCUCCGAAUAUUUCCCCCAGCGCUCAUUCAGAAUUUGGGCAUACACCUUCAUGGGAUUACUGGUUAUUUUCGCAUUAUGGGCAGUUCUAAGUGGGUUUCUCUUCUGUGCUCCAACGACAAACUUCUGGACAUGGCUUUUAUCGCCACUGAUAUUGCUCUCAUGAUCACGCCAAUGCCCUUACUCUCGAAACUACAGCUGCAGCGGCGGAAGAAAAUUGCGGUCAUAUUGAUCUUCUGCGUGGGGUUAAUUGUCGUUGUGAUCAGUUCGAUCCGGCUGAACGAAUUGAGCAGGAUGAUUAAUGGCGACGAUGUGUCGGUCAGGAAUGAGUCAGCGACUGUCUGGUCCAGUCUGGAGGUCGACGUAUCCCUAAUCUGCGCCUGCCUCCCCCCGCUCAACCCUCUCUUCUCCCGCAUCUUCGCCUACCUCUUCCGGCCUCGCCCUCUGCAUUCCUCCCCAGCUUCAAACGCCCAAUCCUAUGCCAUGAGUCUCACGAGCGAUCGGAAGCGCUCCAUAUACGACCACCAAAUCGGACCGGAAGCCGGGGUCUUUGCUAAUGAUAUAUUUUUCGCUGGCCCCGCAGGCUACUCCGCUAGCAUUUCCAAGGUUGAUACUAAUCAAUCAGACGCUGAGAAAGAGGACGGUAUUCGCGUUGUCCGGGAGCUGCGUGUUGGUUCGGAUUCCAGGCACAGCCCAGGCUUGGUGCCCAAAGACCCUCACGAUCGGGAUCUUGAGAUGGCUUCUGGAAGCAGCAAGACGGGGCCUGGUAUCGAGUGGGAUCUGGGGGACUUCGAGUUCCAGGAGUAUAAAGAGCGGAUGAACGCUCCUAUGUGA